AUGAUCUCGUUCGUUCUUCUCGCCGCCGUGGUGUGUGCUGCCCAGGCAGCUUUCCCGUGCCAGGCUCCUGCAGAACUGACGUUCCGGGCUGCCAGACAUAACCAAGGAGAGACAUACUUCCAGAGAUUCUACACAGAGUACGACAGGAACAAUGAGAGAGUCGUUUUCUUCGAGGAAGGCGUCGAUGGUAGAGCACGCCAAGCCCACGAGUUCUUGUUUCUCCACCGGCCUAACGUAGGUUUUGACUACGACUUCAGAAACAGGCGGUGCCGUAGAUUCCCAGUUGGACCAUUCAGGCCUUUCGAAGUCCCAUUUAAUUCCACAUUUGAAUUUGAGUACGAGCUAGGAGGACCUAAUGAGCGAGUGGUUGUGGACAGAUGGUCAGACCGGAUCCCAGGCAGACAACGUGAGACCUGGGUUGGAGAAUUCACCUUAGGCCAGUGCUAUCCGGUGAGCCAGUUCGUUCUGGACUUCAACAACUUUAACAACACCGCCAUCACCCACAUCUACGACGUUGUCAGCGGUGUCGUCAACCCCAACGAUUUUGACGUGCCAGCCGAGUGUUUUAACGCCACAGUCCUGUCAGAGAUGCCCUACGAGGCACGCGUCGCCAGGUCCAUUUACUUCCGCUCACUUUAG